AUGGGACCCAAAGCCAAGGAAACCAUGCUGACGCUUUACAACAAAAUCUGGGAGACCAGUCUCCUACCUAACCAAUGGAAAGUUGCCAUGAUAAUACCAGUACUAAAAAAGGGCAAAGACCCUAGCAACUUGGACAACUAUAGGCCUUUCUCCCUCACAAGCGUGCUGGCUAAACUUAUGGAAAGAAUGGUUAACAGGAGGCUGACCUGGUUCCUUGAGACCAACAAUAUUCUUAGGAGUGAACAAGCAGGUUUUAGGCCACAAAGAACAACGAACCAACAAGUAGCCACUUUCUCCCAACACAUCAAAGAUGCCCUUGAUGCUAGAAAUACCCUUACGGCUGUUUUCGUCGAUUUCAAAUCAGCAUAUAACUUAGUAUGGAAGGAGAACCUAAUUCUAAAAUUGGCAAAGAUUGGUAUUAAGCAUAACAUGUCAAAUUGGAUAAAAGCAUUGAUUGGACAAAGAUCAUGUAAAGUCAGAUAUGGAAAUGCUCUAUCAAAAUCCAAUCUUUUGCAAACAGGCCUUCCACAGGGAGCUGUCACAAGCUGCACUCUUUUCAAUGUCUUCAUCAAUGACAUAGCCGAAUUGGUACAGACAGUCACGGGCAUCAAGUGCUUACUCUAUGCAGAUGAUCUUGUUCUAUGGUAUUCCGCCCCUAAGAAAAACGCUAAGGAGAGGACAGAAAGUGCUUUAAAUUGUGCACUUAAACUACUAGCAAACUGGUGCGACAANACCAGGCAUUACGACUAA